UAACCAGUCAACCAAAUAUGGGUGGCAGGAAAAAGCAAAGACGCGCUAUACAUGACGUCAUAGCUGCGUGCGUAAUGAGAGUUUGAGCAAAAACUAAGCAACAGAACCAAGGAGGUGGACUUUUACGAACAGCUCUGAUUGAAUUCCACUGUUCGCGUGGCAAGGAAGUGCAAUUUUACGCACAUCCCCAGUGGCAAAAUGGUUUGGUGAGGCGGGUGAUUUUUUUUUUUUUGCGCGGCUCCCCGGUCUGCAUUUUCACGCACAAUUCUCUGACAGAACACUCCUUUGGUUAGGGGAUAGAUUUGUUUUGUUCCCCGCACAGCUCUGCUUUGGUGGCGAGGAGGUGGACUUUUACGCAACGGGCUUUGGUUUCGUGGCGAGCAGAUUCUAGUUUCACGCCACUAACAUCGGGUCGCUUUUCAAGAAAUGGACUUUUACGCACGAGAAUAACAACGCCAGGACAUUGACUUUGUGAUUUGGUGGCGAGGAAGGUGGGACUUUCACGCACAGCUCUUUCCUUCAGGGGCGAGGAGGACUUUUACGCACACAUCCUCUCGUUCCUCCUCGCGCGCCACCCCACCAUCCCGGCGCUCGCUCAGGACGCAAGCUGCAGGGGGAGCCCAUUGAUGAACCUCGCUCUUCCAAGAAAACCCCAAACUAAUUCAAAAUGGAGAACUCGACCAACCAGACUCUGGGCGUGUGGACGGACUCGAGCGUGGCGUACAAAGUGAUCGGCACGGCGUUGCUGCUGCUGAUCUGCUUGGCAGGCGUGGUGGGCAACGUGAUGGUGGUGCUGGUGGUGCUGACCACCAAGCACAUGCGCACGCCCACCAACUGCUACCUGGUGAGCCUGGCCGCCGCCGACCUGAUAGUGCUGACAGCGGCCGGCUUGCCCACGGCGGCCGAGGGCGCUUUGGGUUCUUGGGUGUUGGGUCACUGGGGUUGUCUGUGCAUCACAUACCUGCAGUACCUGGGCAUCAACGCCUCAUCGUGCUCUAUUGCCGCCUUCACCGUCGAGAGGUACAUCGCCAUCUGCCAUCCCAUCAAGGCGCAGUUCCUGUGCACGCUGUCCCGCGCCAAGAAGAUCAUCCUUCUGGUUUGGACGCUGACGUCCGCCUACUGCGUCAUGUGGUUCUACCUGGCCAACCUGCAGGUGUUGGUUUACGACAACGCCAAGGUGACUGUGUGCGGCUACCGGGUGUCCAGGAAGCUCUACCUGCCUGUGUACUUCUUCGACUUCGGGGUGUUCUUCGUGGUGCCGCUGCUGCUGAGCGCGGUGCUGUACGGGCUGAUCGGACGCAUCCUUUUCCUCAACCCGCUUCCUUCUGACCCCAAGGAGCAGCAGCAGCUGCAGGGGCAUAACAACCACGACAUGGGCAAGAGGAGCUACAGGAGCUCCAGCUCCACCGCAGCCUCGCGGAGACAGGUGACCAAGAUGCUAGCAGUGGUGGUGAUCCUGUUCGCCGUGCUGUGGAUGCCGUACCGCACCCUGGUGGUGGUCAACUCCUUCCUGGACCGUCCGUACCUGAACAGCUGGUUCCUGCUCUUCUGCCGAGUGUGCGUGUAUCUGAACAGCGCCAUCAACCCGCUCAUCUACAACGCCAUGUCGCAAAAGUUCCGCGCCGCCUUCCUCAAGAUCUGCCGAUGCGGCCGCAGGGCUUCCGACAAGCCGGUGGGCUCUUACGGCGCGGCACUGAGCUAUAGCGCUGUCAAGGACUCGUCAGUGGCAGAGUGCACAGACCGCUUUUCCACCGGCUUGGAGGAGGUCACCAUCACCGGCGGGCUCCUGGUUGAGGACAAGGCCGUCUUCGGCGGAUCCUCCUCGUCUCCUUCCUAUGAGAAAGCGGACUUCAAGAUGGUGGCUUGAGCGUCUUCACAGAACCCAACCUUUCUUUCUCGAGCCGAGGCACAUUUUAUAUUCCAAAAAUGUCAGUUAAUGUCGAGCGUGUUGCUACCGAGUCGUCUAUGUAACAUGGGUUCAUCGUUGUGGUCAUGCUACUUGUAUGGCUUGAUGCUUUGCCGAUUAUUCUGUGUCGUGACAGACCACGGUAAAUAAUGCAAGCUAGUACUUUU